GAUAAAGAAUUGCUCCAAUUCAAAUUAUGGCGACUGUGCUGCUCUCUAGCUUCAAAUUAUCGAAUUAUAAACUAAAUGCGCACUUUUCUAUUCUGUUGCCACUGUGCUCCAUGUGCUCUUGUUUGUUUGGAAUUAAAACUUUUUUCAAUAACAACAAAACAAUUAUUAUUAAAAUUGAUCACAUUAAAAGAAAGAAGUUAUAAAAAUGGUACAAUCAGAUGAUGAAAGUUCAGACAGUAGUAAUGAGUUUCUUGUCAAUCCUGACAGUUUAGACUUCAAUGAUUCAUUUUUCAAAAAUGUUGCAUCAACAUCAAAAACGCAGCAAAAAACUCCAAAGAAGUCAACCUCUGAUGAUGACACUUCUGACGAUGAUUUCGUAGAUGCAGACACCAAUGUUGACACAACAACUUUAUUCAGUGAGGUUAUGAAAAAUUUAGAAAAAUCAAAUGCCGCUAUGGCUACUUGUUUUGAACAGAUGCCAUCAAAUGUGUUGUCAAUGACAUCAAAAACCAAAGCUACAGACCUAAAAGAAAAAGAACACCAACCAUCAAUUGAUUUAAAAGAUGAAAUAAAUGAUUUAUUGUUAAAAGGAGAAAGUAGUUUAGGAUCUUCAGGUUUUGUCAAUAAUCUAGAUAAUCAUACAGAGCAACCGGCUUCUACUAACAAUGUUCCAUCAAAUGAAGACAUAACUAUCACUCUACCAGACACAAACAUGAUGUUCAAUUGUCGAAAAAAAGGUAAAGUUGAUCUCCAAGCUCAAUUAAUGAGACAUUUGAACAAAAAGCUACAAUCAAACCAGUUAUUAGUUCACAAAGUAGGACUUCUAUGUUGGCUUUCUCAUGGAUUUUACUUGAAUCAAAUCAUCAAUGAUCCAGAAAUCAUGGCAGUUACUUUAUCUUUAAUUCCUUCAAAGAUUUAUCCUAAAGGAAGAGCUGACAUAAAAUACGUGGAAGGUUUUACAAAUUGGUUUAAAAAGUGUAUUAAAGUUGAAUUUAAUAAAAAUAAUAAUCCAAUAACAAAAGACGUGUUGCUAGAAAGAUUGAAGCAACAAAAAACAACGAAUUAUCAAGAAUUGGUGUUAUUAUUCAUUGCUGCAUUGCGAGCUAUGGGACUUAAUUGUCGAUUAGUUAUAUCACUUUGUCCACCUGCUUUGAAACUACAGAGAGAUAAACUUUUUCAGGUCAAGAAAGAAGGUGAUGUAAAGCCGAUUAAGAAGAUUAAAAAAAUAACACGAAGGAAAAUCGAUAAUAAAAAGAAAACAGAAGAUAAUUUUGUAUUUCGGAAUAGCAGUACAGCUGAUAAUGUUGCUAAGGAUGAAGCUAAAAAGAGAGCUGUUGAAUUUCUAAGAUCAAAUUUUCAAGCACCAGAGAAGAAGAAGUUACCGAGAAAUGGUAAUAUUGUUGUUGAACCUGAUGAAGUAAAGAUAUCUCCAAAGCUAACUCGAUCAAAAGCUAGAAAUAUGGCUUUAAAAACUCCAGACCCGGUUGAAGUUGAAACCAAAAGCAAGUCAAAGGUGACGAGAUCAAAAGCUAAAGUUGUAGCGAAGAAAGAUGAAGUAAAAAGUGUAACAAAGAGGAAAAAGGUUGAUAAAAAGGAUGAAGAAGUAAAAAUAGAAACUGAUAAUGAAGAAAAAACUGUAUCAGAAUCGAUAAGUGAGAGUAAAUCGAGUUUGGAAGAUGAAAAUUCAAGUGAAGAUUCAGAUUCGAAGAAUUUUAAAAGAAAACGAAAGUUAAAUUUCCAAACAACAAGAAGCUCAUCAGAGAGUACUAGUAGGAAGGUGUUAUCCAGUGAUGAUGAAGAGGAGGACUUAAUAGACACUAGAGAUGCAAGACAUCUGUGGGUUGAAGUGUAUGUAGAGUCUGAAGAGAGCUGGAUCUCUGUUAGCGUACCUGAUAAUAAAGUCCAUUGUGUUGCUGAUAUUUAUAAAAAGGCUCCUAGACCUUUUUUGUACACAAUCGCCUGGAAUUCUGGGGGUUCAAUAAAAGAUGUGACCCGUAGAUAUGCUCCUCACUGGUUAACAGUCACCAGGAAGCAAAGGGUUGAUGAAACCUGGUGGAAAGAAACCUUAGUUCCAUGGCUAGAACCUAAAUCAGUAUUAUCCAAAGCAGAAGAUGAAAUGUUACUGCAAAUGGAAAUGGAGCAACCACUGCCUGAUGCUAUUGGAAAAUACAAAGGCCAUCCACUUUACGUCUUAGCUCGUCAUCUUCUUAAAUAUGAAGCUUUAUAUCCACCAGACUGUGUGCCAUUGGGAUAUUUAAAAAAUAAAGAACCUGUUUAUUCUCGGCAUUGUGUUCACACUCUUCGGAGUCGUGAGACUUGGCUGAGAGAAGCUAGAGUUGUUAAACCUAAACAAGAGCCUUAUAAGAUAGUGAAGUCGUUGAAGCUGGACAAAUUUACACAUCAAAUUGUCAGAGAGCCGUUAGAGCUCUUUGGAAAAUGGCAAACAGAUCCCUAUGAUCCUCCAGUAGCCAAGGAUGGUAUUGUCCCUCGUAAUGCUUAUGGUAAUGUUGAUUUAUUCCAACAAUGCAUGUUGCCCAAAGGAACAGUUCACAUCGAUCUUCCAGGUCUUGGUAGAAUUGCUAAGAAAUUGAACAUCGACUGCGCUGCAGCAGUCACUGGGUUCAAUUUCGGUUGUAGAAGAGCUAUGCCGAAGACAGAAGGUUAUAUUGUUUGCGAGGAGUAUGAAGAAACUCUGAGAGAAGCUUGGGAAGCUGAACAGGUUGCAGCUACUAAGAGAGCACGAGAGAAGAGGGAUAAAAAAAUUUGGGGAAGCUGGAGAAGACUUAUAAGAGGAUUGUUGAUAAAAGAAAAACUUGCAUUGAGGUAUAAUAUGAAGGAUGAGGAUGAUGAUUGUCUUGAUAAAGAUGACGAUAGAGAUGAUGAAGCUGAUAAGAAAGAUGAUGGUCAUAAGAGAAAGAAAAUAAAAAAAAAUUAAUUUAAGAUUUAUAAUUAAAAGUUAUUUUGUUAAUUAUGUUAUCAACAGUUUAGAAGGUAAUUUUUUUUUAAGAUACUCACAAAAAUAAUUUAUUUACAUAACUUUAUUAUUAAUUAUUAAUUUUCUAAAAUAUACAACAAUUAUUUGUUUUUUUACUAUCAGUCUAUAGAUUUUUCUAGUAUGUUGAAAAAUAUUCAUACACAUUUUGAAAUAUUUACUGUUCAUUUUUUUCAUGGGAAUAUUUAAUUUUGAAAAAUCCUGAUGUUAAAAUAAUUGGCAGAAAAUUAAUUCCUUCCUGUAUGAAUCUUUUAUACAUGUAUAUAAGAAAAUUAUAUAUAAAUUACCCUAGUCUUCAAUUUAACUAUAUAAAUUGCAAUGCAAAUUCGAAAAGAUUUAAUGAAUUUUUAUUGCAUUACAACGGUCGUCACGCUAUAGUAGCAACUUAUUACUAAUAAUAGAACAAUCAUCUGGAUUUUAUUGGAUGUCAAGGUUGCACAUGUGUCAUAUUAUGCAUUCAAAAUGCUUCAUAUGUGUAAAGAUAAAUAUUAUAAUAGACAGAAAAUCAAUCUAUACAUUCAUUUGUUAAAUUAUCAUUAGAUGUUAUAACACGAAGUAUUAUCUUGCAUGAUGAAAAGAAAUUUUGUGAAUUUCAAUUUCUUAUUUUUCUACAAAAAUUAAAAAAUUAUAAUUAAUAUAAUUAAAUUAUAAAUUAAAUCUUUUUUAUACUU